UGGGAGAAAUCCCAGGGCUCAUGAACGCAACACCACGGGUGGUUGGCGAGACAAGAUGGAGGAGUCCAACGCCACACCGAAACAAGCCACGGAAAACCUCGACGACCCUCCCAACAGCCGCCUGUUUCUGGUCACCAGCCGCGCCGUCACCGAAGAUGAGCUCAGGGAGAGUUUCUGCGUGUUCGGGGACAUCCAGGGAGUGUGGGUCGUGAAAGAUAAACAGACAAAAGAGUCCAAAGGCAUUUGCUAUGUGAAGUUUGCCAAAUCGUCUCAGGCCUGUCUGGCCAUGGAGGAAAUGCACGGCAAAGUCCUGGUGGACGGAACCAAACCUAUCAAGGUGUUUAUCGCCCAGUCGCGGUCGUCCACCAGCCACAGGGACGUGGAGGAUGAGGAGCUGACCAGGAUCUUUGUCAUGAUCCCCAAAACGUUCUCCGAGGAAGACCUGAAAAAGACAUUUAAGGAGUAUGGAGACAUUGAAUAUUGCGUCAUCAUCAAGAACAAGAUGACAGGAGAGAGUAAAGGUUUGGGCUAUGUGAGAUACCACAAACCCUCCCAAGCGGCCCUGGCCAUAGAGAACUGUGACAAAGCUUACAGAGCCAUCCUGGCGGAACCUCGCAACAAAGCCUCUGCCACAGAAGACAACAUCAGCAUGAUGGCCAGGAGCGACUACUGUGCCGACUCCACUAAUCCUUACUCCUUCCCCAUGGGCUCAGCAGAACCACCCAGCUACGCGGUGAUGGACCGAUCUACCGGUCAUGGCCGCAUCGGCGACGUCUCCCACUGCCUCAUGAUGUCCACACGAGCCGCGCUGACGCAGGAGCAGAUUUUUGCACUGUUUGAUAUCAUUCCCGGGAUGGAAUACUGCGAGCUGCAGCGUGACGCUUACGGGAUGACCAAAGGUCAGGCUCUGAUUCGCUACAGCAACCUCGGCUCGGCCGUGUACGCCAAAGAAAAACUCAGUGGAUUUGAGUACCCACCAGGGAACAGACUCUUGGUCACUUUUGUGGACGAUGGAGAAGAUCGAAGCAGCCCAGUAGGUCGCAUGGCCAUGCAGUUUGUCUCCACCCAGGUGAUGUCAGCUGUGUGGAACGGACCCUCCAGCAGUCAAUCAAUGAAACCUCCCGGGUUCCCUGCACCCCCGGCGGUGUCCCGCAUUCAGACCGAUGUCAGUCUGCCGGCCCCGAAGAAGCUCGCACCGCCCGACAGCAAAUCCAAGGAGCGCUUGUUUGUCGUCUUCAACCCCUCCCCCUUGCCGCUGGACGUGCUGGAGGACGUUUUCUGCCGCUUUGGGUCUCUGAUUGAAAUCCACUUGGUCCCGGGGAGGAAGGUUGGAUACAUCAAGUAUGCAGAGAAGCAGUGUGCGGACCACGCCAUGGCGGUGCUGCACGGUCAGUUCAUCAACGGCGUGAAGAUGAAGGUGAUGCUCGCCGAUCCUCCCAGAGAGGAGUCGCACAAAAGGCUUCGCACCUACUAGGACGUGAUGACACGACGGGUAGGUGUUUUGCCGCGGUAAGAAAGGUCAUGUGUAGAGCCAAAAGCAUCCGCCAUUCCAUUCAGCCUUUUUUUAUUGCAAGAUUCAAAUGAGUAAAAUAUGACUCAGCAUUGCUAUUGUUGACUCAGCACGUGCUUGCUGUACAGCCGCCGCGUGUUUAUACAGCGUAUCAUCUAGCUAGCAUAGAAGCCAACAUGCUGGACAUUGAACAAGAAGACAUGAAGCCAUGACAGUAGAUGAGGCAUGCGGGUCGGUGGCUUAACAGCUUGGCUUUUUGCUCAAUGGCUAGCGCUGCUCUAGUGGGAUGUGUGCUCCCGGUUUCUGGGCCUGAGUGAGGUUUGUUGGCGGUAGGGGUGUAACGCUGUCGCUGCGUGAUGCUAUGUUAACCCUGUAGGCGCUUUCAUGAAAAUAAUUAACUUUUCCUCGGCCGCACGGUGGGUUAGUGGUUAGCAUGUAGGCCACACACUGUGUUGGAAUCUCGGCUUGAGCAUCCCCGUUUGCGUGUGGCUUUUCUCCGGGUACUCCGCUUUCCUCCCACAUUCCAAAAACAUGCUAGGUUAAUUAGCGACUCCAAAUUGUCCAUAGGUAUGAAUGUGAGUGUGAAUGGUUGUUUGUCUAUAUGUGCCCUGUGAUUGGCUGGCUAGCCACCAGUCCGGGGUGUGCCCCGCCUCUCGCCCGAAGACAGCUGGGAUAGGCUCCAGCACCCCCCCGCGACCCUCGUGAGGAAAAGCGGUAGAAAAUGAAUGAAUGAGUUUCUGGAAUGAUUAGAGCCCUCAAGACAUUAAAUAACACCCCUAUAGUCACGCUUUAGCAGUUCUUUGUCGUAUUAGGCUAUAUAGAAGACAGAAUAAGAAUGAAUAAGACUUCUAUAAAACUCCUGCUGGAACAGUGUCACUCUGAAUGCCUUCCCCCGGGGAACCUGGGGCGGGCUCUCAAGCAAAGACAGCUGGGAUAGGCUGGAUGGAUGGAUGGAUGUUACUGUUCCUAAGGCUGUGGCUUGAAGGAAAGUCAGCGCUAUCAUGUACAUUUGUAUGUCAUGAGCAGCCAUGACCAGUAUCCGGCAUACCCAAUAGAUUCAUCAAUACACUCUUCCUCAUCUCCAAAGCAGCAGCAUCAUCACCACUCUAUUAGAGUGGUGAUGAUGACUGCUGCUCCAUUAGCGGAGUUUACCACUUCCUGUGCUAAGUGCACCGUACAUCUCACCUACGGUAUUUCCCCAAGCGCUUUUUUAGAAGGAUAUGUAGCGCUAAUAGAAAGUAAAAUGACGCUGAGAUCUAGUGAGCUGUGAGUAGUCAUUUCCCUAACAAUAUUCGUUCAAAAGAGUAAUACAUUUGCAUCAUAAAAAGAGCUGGAAAAAAAUCCAACCUUAGGAAUGCUUGACUUUCUUUCCCGUGACAUCACUGCGUUGUACAUUGGCGUGUGUGUGUUCCACAGCAGAUGGACCGCCGCCAUGCCAACAACAUGCAUGUCAACACCGUGGAACACACCCACAAUGGGCGCGCAGUGAUCAAUAUUUGACAAUACCGUUUUUUUCUCUUUGAACUUCAGCAUCACACGUUUCUAUUUCACAUAUUUCCACUCUCCUUUAAAAAACAAAAAAACAAAAACAUACAUCAUCCACCCCAUCUCACCCAUGCAUGAUCACUGUAGGCGGCAUCCCCACUGAUUGACUGACCCCCCCUUGGCACAUGACCCGUGAGUGUGUGUGUGUAACACUGCAGCUUCUCGUUUCCCAGGCGACUGUUGUCAUGACAAAACGACACGUUGACCUGACCAACCAACCGACCUACCGACCGACAGACAAACACGGAGACCCGCUCUCGGACCCACCUGUUGACAUGACCUUGACACCUGUCUGACCUUGCUUGUAACGUGUGCAGCUCCUGUCAUUUGAGUUCUUAUUUAAUUUUUUAUGACCCCCCACCCCCAUCAUUCAAAAGAAAUUCCUCAAGUUCAGGCUUGUUUUUUGUUUUUUUUUAACCCAAGUGUACACACAGGCAUAUAAGUAGAAAUAAAAGUUGAAGCGAUGUUCUUUCA